UUAAAAGCAGUCUUACAAAACGUUUUGCACUGCUUUCAGUAACCGAGAUGCACAGGAAACUGAACAGCAAGAGCUCUGAGCGCUUCAUAAUGGCAUUCUCGACCACAACGCUGCAUAGCAGGGCAGUGACCCUGUUCCUGUGUGCCAUGGUGCUCCGCAGUAUAUCUUCCCAGCACCAUGACACUGUGACAGCGCAGUGUGGAGAUACAGUGAGCCUUCCCUGCAGAGCCAUCGAGAGGAGCAGCAGCUACCGGACAGCCACCUGGUACAAGAUGAACUCCACACACCAGACUGGCAUUCUGCGCAAGGCAAGCAGCAAGGUGACCCCCUACAUCCUCUUUAACAGGAAGGCAUCGCUGGGGGAGCGAGAGGCACUCGUCCUGUCGGAUGUGAGGCCCGGGGACUCAGGGAUGUAUCAGUGCUACCUCUCUGCACAGCUGGGGGGAACCAACCAACAAACAAGCAUCCACCUGGAGGUUCAAGAGUGUGUGACUGCCCUGUCCACCUCUCCUGUACAGUGGGUCUCCAGCGCCACCCUGAGCCCGUCUGGUAACACCACUGCCCGCUGUGAGCUCCAGGUGACAGAAGUGUCCAUCAGCAUGCUAGUCGUUGGUUUUGCUGGUGUGGGUCUGAUUAAAGUAGUGCUGUCAGUUUGCAUCACAGUGGGGUGUCUCGGGGUCUUGGAGAGAAGGAAAGAGCGCUAUGACAGAUGCCACUGCUGCAGAUAGGGGUCUUCACACCAGCACAGCCUCCAGUGCAGCCCCACAAGCCUCAACACCGAGGAACGUCGCCGGUUCAAAUCCAUGAGAAGGUCCUGUGGAUCGGCUGAAUGCCAGUAUGAGUUCUCGUGGUCUUCUUGAUCAUGGAACUAAUAGGGCUCCCACUUUCCCUGCAAUAAGGGGCAGACAAACAGUGCACAGGGCAAAAAAAAAUGUUCCCCCAAGCUAAGAAAACCAGACCAAACCUACUUUAUGAGGGCACAGGUCAUGCCCCUGUAAUGUAUAAACAUACAUUUAAAACAUAAAAUAAUAAGGACUAUAUAAAUGUUCUUUAUUAUAGUGAUCCAUGCCUCUCUGGAGUUUAGAAUAAGAAAUGUACACAUUAGGGGAGCCAAUGAAAAGUCCUCAUGAACACUACAAACAAACAUGUGUGUGUGUAUGUAUAGUCUUCAAACCAUUGGAGGACAAAAUUAGAAAAAAUGUUUCCACAAAGAGAAACACUGAAUAAAAAAGUAAAACAUAAGAAAUAGCUAAAUAAAUCUUACUUAAAAUCUAGUCUUUUGCCCCUGGUUUCUAUGGCCUUAGGAAUUAGGAAUCAUAAAUAUUUCAGUCAAUGAUAUGUCCACACAAAGAUAGCAAUACAAACGUGUGAGUGUGUGUGUGUGGGUGUGAGAUAACUGCUCUAAUCCAGCAUCUUUCAUGAGCAGUACAUUCGCUUUGAACACAGAAGACAAAAUCUGCAAUUAUUCACAGCAAAUGCAUGUACAGAUCCUGGAUAAUAGAAGGCAUGUAAAUGUUUAUGUACAUAUUUUAGUAAAACAACAGAUUUAUUCAGCUGGUGGAUUAUGCAUCUCAAAUGUCUUGAUCAAAUAUGGUCAAGGCCCUCAUUUGUUUUACUGUUUCUUACCUUAAAACUCCUGGAUUCUGUAAAAGCUGGUAUUUACCGGUUUUUACCCAAAAUAUGGCCCAGCUCAAGCCUGUGAAAAAACGAAUUGACGUCAUAAAAAUGACAUUGAGUAGAUAUAUUUAUGUAUUUUUUUGUAAACAUUUAUGUAAAUAAAACAAUAAAACAAUUCUACAGUAUAAGUAUUUUCUUUACCCGGGAAACACAUGCUAUAACACUGACGACACAGAUUCCACGUGAUCUCUGAAUCAAGACUUCUUGCCGCUAUAUCCUUUAGAACCCAUUGGGCAACGUAAACCAACUGGACUGGGAACAAACUGCUCUGCUACCUAAGAAUGGAUU